AUGUGGGUUGCGGGAGUUAACAUCAUUGCUGAUAGAUCACCCCACUGUGGUACAUCCGCGAUAAGAGUGCCAAGAUAUAUGGAGACUGAUGUCACAGAGAUCCUAGGAUUCCCGACUGCUCCAAACUAUGGUACAUUAAACUACAGCAAAGGUGAACUACUGGAGACGAUAAAGUACUUUCACGAGCAGAAAACUCAGAUUGCUGUGCAUACUCACGGGAAAGACGCCAUUGAUCAAGUGAUCAAGGCCUAUGAUAAGGUAUGUAAUAGGGCCAGGUGGGUGUGAUUAGCAAACAGAUGUGCCUGGGUGAUAGGCUAACUCGAUCCACAUUAAGUGACAUUAAAUAAAGAGCAGUAAAGAAGAGAGCGAGUGAACGUCAGAAAGAGAGAAGGAGAGAACCUUGCAGCAUCUUUUUAAAUACAUCAAUCCGCCCACUACCCCUGAUAAACCCUUCUCGUCUAGCCCCCGCGGGGUUUUCGCGUAUCUUUUUCUCGAUCUUUUUUCACUACUAUCUUCGAGCCUGAAACAGGUUUACUGACUUACGUAACUACUAUCAGUUUACACCUAACAACUAGCCUCGCUAACCUUUAAGGACCUCUGCUUUAAAAUUACAAAUUUUGAACAGAAUCAAAAGGCAUUUUUUUUUCUGUCUUCUCUUGUCAGAGAGUUCACUGACAUGAUGUUCAUAUUUGUUUUUAAGAAAGGUCUUAUACAACAGUUCUAAUUCACCUCACCAUCGAAUGGAGCACCUGGGAUUGUGUACAGUGGAGCAAAUCGAGUACGCAGCGAAACUUAACCUGGCUUUGUCUUUCUUUGUGGUCCAUCUGUAA